AUGGACUCCUUGGACUCCUUGGACUUGCAGCUGGACUACGAGGAAGCCUGCAAUGAGGCCACGGUCGUCGACUUGCUGGCCGAGUUGCGCGCUUCGACGCUGGAGGUGCAGCAGCUGUCUCUGCGACUGAAGGCCUGUCGCGGCACCAAGGCUCCUUUCGCCCUGCCUGCUUUGCCGCCGGCUGAGGAGCCCAGGGCCCGAGAUCUGCGCCAGCUGUUCGAGUGGCUGGCGGAGACCGUGGACCUCAGCAGCCCAGAGAUCCUGGACGUCGGUUUUGAGGUGCCGAUCGGUGGCAGGACAGUUCAUCUCCACCGAGUAGUACAGUGGCAACUGACUGCCCCGAGCGGCUUAAAGCUCACAGCGCCCAUCCAGCACCAAGAUGCGCUCGGGCAGCUCCUGGCCGCCGCGCGCGCCACGGGCAAGGUUGACUCGGGGGCCUUGCUGCACUUCUGGGGCGCCUGGGACCUCAUCGCCGGGGAGCUGACCACAGCGGCGCACCCCAACCCCGAGCCCUCGGUCUUGCUUGCACACAGGGCGUCCACGGAGGGCAUCCUUGUCGCGUCGUGGCCAACAAGAGAAGCCUUGCAGGCGGCGGUGUAUGCAGCGCCGGUCUACGCGGCCCCCGUGGUCUACGCCCCCGCGCCGCAGCCCGGGGAACGGGUGGAGGUGGAGUACGAGGGCCAGCGCUAUGUCGGCAUCCUCUAUGGCGUGGACCAUGGCAUGGCGACUGUGAGGUGCGACGCGGAUCCGCCCGGCGUGAUGACCGUGGCGCCGCUGUCCCACGUCCGACGGCUAUCGGAGCUUGCCCAGGAGGAGAACGUGACCAUGCUUCCAGCACCAGAUCGAGAUCGGGAGGUCGUGCUUCCGAAGAUGCAUCGUCGUACAAAGUCCUCUGCGCUGUAG